AUGCGGCGCGCGGCCUCGGCGCAGCAUCACCAGCAGGGCCAAUCAAUGAGCGAUGACAAUGAGCAGCAGCAGAGCGUCUGUGGACUGCCGAACCGGAGACAUCUUCUGGCAUCAGCUGCAACUGCGGCCGUCGCCGGAGCCGUCGGCGCCGCCGGGGGCUUUGCCGUGCCGUCGGCGUGGGCAGCUGCUGAGGCCGCGCUGCCGCUCGUGCCCAAGGCAGCCCUCACGCCGCAGCUCUCGGUCAGCCGGGUCAUCAAAG